CCGUCUUCUUCUUCCUCUAUGGCAAACUUUUUCCUUUUCUCUUUCUCUUCUUUAGUUCCACAAGCUACGAACGAUCCGGGAUGUUUACCAAAAUCAGGCUCACCACAUUUUGAGUUGUUUAAUGCUGCUUACACUGGAAAACUCCAUAACUUCAAAUCGUUGGCUUCAGAUCUUGCUAAAGGUGAAGGGAUUGGAGUAGCAGAAGCGAUUAGAAAGCUUGUACUUGAAAAUGGAAAAGGAUUUCUUCAUGUUGCUGCUGCAGGAGGAAGUUUAGAGGUUUGCAAAUACUUGAUUGAGAAUUUGAAACUUGACGUGGAUUCCAAAGAUGGAACUGGUACCACACCCUUGCAUCAUGCAGCUAUGAAAAGACAUUUGGAAACUGCCAGAUAUCUUCUUGAAAAGGGUGCGAACCCUGAAGCGUCAGAUGAUACAAAUGCCACUUCUUUACAUUUUGCCGCAUUAUCAGGUGACACAAAGAUAAUAACCUUGUUACUGUCAAGGGGUGUUCACGUAGAUGUUGCAAGUACGUCUGGCACUGCCCUUCACUUUGCUGCUGGUACUGGUCAUCCAGAUGCUGUUAGAGUGUUGUUGGAUCAUGGUGCAAAUCCUGAUGUUGUUGGUUUUCAGGGUAUGUUUACACCACUAAUUUCCGCAAUUUAUGCCAAGUCAUGGGAAUGUGUGAAACUUUUAUUGCAGGCAGGCGCGGACCCAAAUGCCGUGGCAUUCGGAAAUACACCUCUGGUAGUUGCAGCAAGGCAUGGAAGCGUAGAUGUUAUUAAGCGCUUACUGGAAGCUGGUGCGGAUCCAAAUUAUAAGAUGAAUUUAGGGAUGACAGCAUUAGAAGUUGCCGCUGUUAAGUGCAAAAUUCAAAAUGUUGGGGUUCUUUUUCCUGUGACAUCUCGCAUUCCAACUUAUCCGGAUUGGAGCAUUGCCGGACUACUGAGGGAUGUAGAAUUGGACGCAAACGAAAUGCGGAGGGAAGUCCAUGAGAAGGAGAGAUUUCAUCAAGCGAUAUCAAAAGGAAGUGAUGCAUUUCAGGGAGAGCAGUAUCUUGUGGCAGCGCAAUGGUUUAGAGAGGCCUUCACCAUUUCCCCAGAAGAUCCAGCAGUACUGUCCAACAUGAGUGUCUGUUUUGCGCAUCUGGGUGACGGAAACAAGGCGCUCGACUUUGCCAGUAAAUGUGUGUAUGAAAAGCCUGAAUGGCCUGAGGCGUACUAUAGGUUAGGUGUCGCGCUCAAUAUGCAAAAGAGAUGUGAGGAUGCAGCGGAUGCCUUUGACAAGGGUUUGACUCUCGAUCCAAGAAACAAAGAGCUUAAAGAUUCCUACAUGAAAGCUAUGGAAGCUAGGUUGAACUCUGUGUCUCUAUCAAGGUGUAAGAAGACAAUGCCGAGUAAUGUGAUGAAAGCGUUAGAUUGAAGAGUAGAUAUUCACAUGUGAACGAAGUACAUACUGCUAAUUACAUUAAUAGGUUGGUCUUUUUGAAUAGGGUAGUUUAUGUCGGAUGGUGAAUGUUCUAUCAAACU